AUGACGGCUACAAACACAUUCCCUUACAGGCACUUCGGGGGCGGUGCCCGCGGGUGCCGGGCCACCAGGCCUACAGGACAGGCACAGAGGGGCGUUUCUGUCCCAGCGGCCCUGGGUGGCGGGGGCGGAGCGCCCAGCCCUUGGCGGGCGUGGCCGCCCUGGCCCGGCCCCCGCCCCGCCCCCGUCGCCUGGGAGAGGAGAGCCCCCGCCCGGCCACCAGCCGCCAGCCCCUGUCCACGUCCUCCCCAGCGCUGCUGCCUCGCGGUCCGCGGAGUCCUGCAGAAGGGGGGAUGCUCGGGGUCCCCACUCCCGGGGGAGUCGCGCAUUUCCGCGCGCCGCGGUGGCCGGGCUCCGGCCGGCCCUGGUGGCGGCAGCCCGCGCUCCGCGUCCCCGGGAAGUUGUCUCGGGAGCCCGCGGCCCCUGGGUCUCCUCCCCCUGAGCCCCGCCCCCCCGCCCAGAGCCGGGAUCCGCGAGCCGCCCGGCCCGGGGGCGUCGCCGCUCGCUCUGCCAAGCCAGCGACUCUCAGCUUCCCUGCGCCGAUCGCGCGUCCCCUGCCUGCCCGGGGACCCCCCGCGCACCCCCGAGACGGCGCGCGCCCAGAGCGCGGGAGCCCGGAGCGCACGGCGCCUGGGACCCCGCGGAGCCGCUGGCCAGCCCGCGGGGCUCGGCAGGGAUGCAGGCUGCGCUGUGAGCCCCGGCGCCAAGGCCAUGUCCGGCGCGCGCUGCCGGACCCUGUACCCCUUCUCCGGGGAGCGGCACAGCCAGGGGCUCCGCUUCACGGCGGGAGAGCUGAUCACGCUGCUGCAGGUCCCGGACGGCGGCUGGUGGGAAGGCGAGAAGGAGGACGGGCUCCGCGGCUGGUUCCCCGCAAGCUACGUGCAGUUGCUAGAGGGGGCGGCGAAAGCAGCGGGCGCCUCCGGAGGUGAGGGCAGCACGGGCAGCCCGGGAGCGCUCCCCUCGCGCCGGGCCUCCCGAGCACAUCGUGGCCGCUCGGAGGAAGCGAGAACUUGUUGCCUGCGAGUUCUGGACUGGCGGGUGCGCUGCGGGCAGUGGCAGGGGCCCGCCCGAGUCUAGUGGUCUUGGGAAGACGCACCGAGGAUGGGGGACCAAGAGGUGGCCUCGCAGCCUUGCUUCUCCACCGAGGUAUCGGAGCCUGCUGACCCAUGGACGGUCCUGCUGCUCCGGGUCAGGUUGUCUGGCUGCCGGGAGGCCGCCCACUUGCUUGCUGGUCAGCUGAGAGUUACUGGUCACCAACCCUAGACCCAUCAGCAGGCUUGAUCCCCUUCCCCCGUCCCCUCCCCUGGGGUUCGGAACCUGAAAGUGGCUUGUUCCUGGAGCUCUGGCUUGGCCCCAAGGCUACACAGGACCUGCUGAGCCAAGUCAGCUGGCUGUUUAUUGUCUGGGUGACAAUUGCGAGGCCUCCCUGUCCUCUAAUCACUGAGCUCAUGGUCACAG